UCGGUUUGAUAAUAUUGCACAAUUUCUGUGCCAUGAAUAAAGCUCACGGCAGUCAAUCAAUUGAAGUGAUUGUGCUUGGGCAUAACGAAAAUACGCUGCGAUGGGUCCGCCAAGGGUUUUCUAUUUCUGUUUGGUUACUUUGUUCCUCAACCUUCUCAUUCACUUCCGAACAGGAUGUAACGCUGCCACCGCUUCGGAAGUGACCAUACCUCAGGGCAGUCUGCAGGGCGCCAUUCUGUUCAGUCGCCAGAACAGAAGCAUCUUUGCAUUCUAUGGAAUUCCAUAUGGUCAACCACCUGUCGGAGAUUUAAGAUUCAGCAGCCCUGUUGCGGCAAACGCUUGGAAUGGAACUCUGAAUGCCACUGUGGAAGGGAACGUGUGCAUUCAGUAUUUGAACGGAGCAGUUAUUGGGGACGAAGACUGUUUAUACCUGAACGUUUACACACCUCAGCUUCCGAACAACACAAGCUCAUCACUGCUUCCGGUCAUGGUUUGGAUACCUGGUGGCGGAUUCGAGCAGGGCAGUGGAAAUUCGGAUCUCUACAGCUCAGAGUUUCUUCUUGACUCAGACGUGCUCCUCGUUUCGGUCAGCUAUCGCCUCGGCGCGCUGGGUUUUCUGAGCACCGGAGAUGAUGUUGCCCCCGGAAAUUGGGGGCUGAAGGACCAAGUUCUGGCUCUGAAAUGGGUUCAGAAUAAUAUUGCAUACUUCGGUGGUGAUCCUGACCAAAUUACACUUUUUGGCCAAAGCGCUGGCGGUGCAUCGGUUCAGCUUCAUGCAUUAUCGGAUUUGACCACCGGCCUUUUCCAUAAGUACAUUUCGCAAAGUGGGUCUGCACUCGGUUUCUGGCCCUGGAGGCCCAGUUCAACCUACGCCAAUCGUGCUUCGCUGCUCGGCGAAUACGUGGGCUGCCCGACGAAUGGCUCUACUUAUCUUGUAGCCUGCCUUAGGCAAAUCAAUGCAUCAGUUAUUACACAGACCAUAACCCAGUUGUACGUCUGGGGAUCCAAUCCGUUUCCAUUUUGGGGUCCGACCGAUGAGCCGGAUGUGGAUGGUGCCUUCCUUAUUGAUAAUCCUGAAACUCUCAUCAAGGCUGGCAAAAUGCGUGACCUCCCAGCCAUCACUGGCAGCGUCAGAAAUGAAGGCGUCGGUUUUUUAGUUUCCAGCCUUCCAGGGUCUGACUUGCUGGAAACUCUGUUAGAUGAUUUUGACAACCUUGCGCCGAUUAUCUACCAGUAUUCUGGACGAGUAGACGACGAGUCCACCAUUACGGCCGCGUUAAAGUCGUACUAUUUCAACAACGACAUGACGACUAACAGAACUCUGCUGUGGUAUAACCUCACUCUACUAGUGACUGACAUAUUCUUUAUGUACCCAAUCUACACCGCGGUUCAGGAACAGUAUGCAAUUGCCGAAAAUUCGCCGUACUUCUAUUCGUUCGAGUACCGUGGUACCUACAGCUAUGGAAGUCAAUACAUUUAUAGUUCCCUGCUGGACGAAAGUAUCAGUCACUGCGAUGAGCUACUUUACUUGUUCCCGGAGACUGACACGCUCUUCGGUGUGGGAACUGAGAGCAUGACCGAAACCGACCUUCUCAUGGUCGAGACGAUGGUCCAGCUUUGGACCUCUUUCGCCAUCAAUGGGACACCAACUACUUCAGCGGCUAUUAGCAACACGACUUGGUUGCCGUAUUCCGCGAGUGGCAACUACCUCCGCAUAGGAAACGACGGUGAUCCGACACUCGAAAUCCAGUACGAUUUUCUUCCGGAGAGAAUGCUUUUUUGGAAGGAACUGAUGACCUCCACAACUUCAGGGAAUACCUCCCACGGUCCAUUCUCUCUGGGAUCGAUUGCUAUUCUUUUGAUCGUUUAUUCGAAAGUAUUCUUAUAGGCAAAUGGAUCCCAUUUUUUUCUAUCAGUAUUGGUUAACGAAACGAUCAAACCAAUUAUAUUUCCAAAACAAUAUAUGCAAAUUUGAGGACAUCAAAUGUGAACGUUUUUUGUAAAGAAUUUUAAUAAAUAAAGAAAUUA